AUGAGGAUUCUUCGGAGGAUAAUCUUCAAGGACUUACAUGCUCCCGUGGAUAAAUACCUUGCAGAGGCGGAGGGAAGGCUUCUCCACACACCAGGAGCGAAGGGAACCAUACUCGGGAAACCCUCACUUUCUAAACAACCUUUUAAGCAGUCACCACGUCGCCAGGAAAUAGGUCACUGCACGCCGUUCGAGGGGAAGGUGUGGUCGUUCUGCAAGACAUCAGAAGUGUCCGUUCCUGAUUAUAUACCUAGGAGAAAAAAUAAGACAAAAAAGAACAAGAUUCAGUACAAGAAUUAUAAAGAACUCACCAACAUCAUUUUAACAUUGACUCCCGAACUAAAAAUAAAUCGUAAAUAUCGUCACCCGUUGGUUUUCUUCAGUAAGAGGCGCAAAGGAAAUGUUGUUAGAGGCAAACGACCUUUCUGGAAAUCGGUUAGACAAGGACUCAAAACAGCCUGUAACGCGCCUCCUCCCGCAGGUCUGCUCGCGGUGCUGGGCGUCCUGACGGCGUCCGCGGCGCAGUCCCUCUUUGACGGCAUCGACUUCACCCUCGGGGCCACCGACGCCGAGUCCUCGCCUCCCGAGGGCACGUCACUCUUCUCCCUGGACGCCCGGAACGAAGGGGAACAGCAGGAGUCUCUCUUCGGGGGCGUGAAGAUGUCCCACAGUCUUAAGGAGCUCGAGGAAGAAGGAGCGCCCCUGGAGUCCCUGGAGAGCUUCAGACCCUCGAGAAGGGCGAGUCUCUCCGAGCUGCAGGUGACGAGUCGGCCUCGUCGGCCUGCCUCCGGACGCAGGGUGGCCUCCGCUACGGUGUCGGUCGGGCUGUCGGGGUCGCAGGGGGCCUCCGGGAGCUCCCUGUUCGACACGGUCCCUUUUGCCGGGGCGAAUCCCCUCCAGGAGCGAGGCUUCGGGUCCAGCAGCAGCAGCGCCCAGGGCAGGAGUGAUGCCAGAGGACGUUCUCCGUUCUAUGACGCCCCUGGUCAUGCUGCUUCCGCUUCUCAUGCUGAUUACGCUGACGACUAUGCGGCCGACUAUGAGGACUCGGAGACGCAGUCCUCGAAGGUCACGCAUAGGUUCCUGCUGCCUUCCGACCAGGACGAGGAGUAUGGGACUAACGAGAGCGGCGACGGCGACUCCACCUCCCGCGCCCUCCAGGUCCUGGCCCGGUCGGCGCAGCAGCUGGCGGCCGCCCUGGAGGAGAGGCAAAGCAGCGGCCACCACUCCACCUUCCCUCACCAGGUGCAGGGAGACUUUCACUCCGUCCUGGAGACUCUGGCCUCCAAGAACUCCGGAUCCAGAGGCACAGGAGGCGAAGGAGCCGACGGAGAAGACGAUCAACCCUUUUUAACGGAAGAGGAUUUGUCGAAACUCUCCAAGCUCUUCGGCUCCUUGGAGGUCGACAGCAAAGAGGCGGCGGCUCCCUUCGGCGACCAAGACGGAAUGGACGAGAAGCAGAUUGCCGAGAUCAGGCGAAAGCGACUCGAGGACCUGCGGCUGGCUCUGGAAAUCAUAAGGGACUUCGAAGGACCCGCCUCCGAGGGGGGCAAGGGAGACGAGGAAUUCGAGUUAAUGCUGGCCAAGUCGCUCUUCAACAAGAAGAUCAACUCCCUGACCGAACUGAACAGGAAGCAGCGAGACUCUUUGGAUUCCCUGAUGGACAGCAUGAGGAGCCGGCGCUCGGAUUCUUUCUCCCUCGACGCUCUGUCUCUGUUUCCCUUUAAUACGCUUGCUUUUGCUGCUCUUGGUUCCAGCGCAGAUGCCCUGUCUCCCACGGCUUCCGAUGCUAGCAGGUAUCUCCUUCCUAACCAGAAUGUGGAGCUUCCCCGCGAUCCAGGCCCGCCUUCCCCGCCCUCUACCCUCGCGUCAUUGAACUCUUACCUGCCCCCGAACCAGAACCCGACACCUCCCCGCAAUCCUGCCCCACCUUCUCCACCUCCAACAACGCGGCCUGUAAACAAUUAUCUCCCUCCUAAUAGGAACCCAACACCUCUGCGGGAUCCAGGGCCGCCUGCCCCUCCUCCCUCUCCGCCCGUCAUUGUUCCUGCGACAGCCUACACCCUCCCAGCUGGUCAGACGCAGUCUAAUCCCUCGGCGUCUUACUUGCCUCCACAGCAAAGCCCUCAAGCCAACCCACUUCCUCCGACCAUCAUUUACGCUCUUCCAGCAGCCCCACUACCACAGGCGGACGCUGGCCCUCCUGCACCACCGCCAGCCCCAGUUACAACCACAACACGACGUCCUGCUCAGACCUACCUGCCUCCUUUCCGAGAUGAAGUUACCCCUCAGAGAAGUUAUCGUCCACCUGCGGUUCCUUUGCCGCUGGAAACCUCUAAUGACGACACCUCAAAUGACUGGAGGCCUUUAUCCAAUCCGAACAGCCACAGAGGCUACAGCAGUGACCCUCUGGACGUCCCAGGGGGAGGACGCAACACUCGUAAUGAAACUACCACCGCUGUCCACAAUUACCACUAUCACUACCACAUCACGGGAGACAAGGACGAGCUCUUCCAGACGGAGGGCAAAGCCAGCGCAGACAAGCCAGCCCAGGAUAGGGUCAAAAAAUGUCAGUCUGGAAUAGAUUGCAGCCUGUUUGAGCCUUCGCACUUCCUCACAGCACCCAGUCAGGCUGAUGAUUUCAGCGAGUCGUCCUACACCUCACUGGAUCAAGAAAGGAGGCCAAGUGCAGACAGGCCAUUCCCUCAACCUCCUCCGAGGCCACGCAACCCUUCGCGGGGUUACGGCCCACCCUCUACGACGCCCGCAGACCCCCCAGCGCCCAUGUACGGCUAUGGUCCUCCUCGAACAACUACGCCUGCCGACCCUCCUGCCCCUGUGUAUAGUUACGGGCCUCCUCCCACGACGACGCCUGCCGACCCGCCAGCCCCCAUGUACGGUUAUGGCACUCCGCCGCCGUCGAACCCUCCUCCUCCACCUCCACCAGUCUAUGGACCUCCUCCAACAACCCCUGCAAAUCCUCCAUCGCCUCCCCCACCAGUGUACGGUGCUCCGCCGCCGCCGGCAAACCCUCCACCUCCACCUCCACCAGUCUAUGGACCUCCUCCAACAACCCCUGCAAAUCCUCCACCGCCUCCCCCAGCAGUGUACGGUGCUCCACCGGCCAAUCCCCCUGCUCCAACACCGCCUCCAGCCGACCCCGGUCCCCCAUCACCCCUCCUCCUCCUCCUCCCCCUCCCGCCCCUCAGCCUCCAAACAUCUUCCUGGUGCCCGUCCCGAAGCCACAUAAGGCGCCCUUGGACCCGUUUGCGUUCCUGAAACCCAAGCCCAAAAAGACCAAGACAGGUCAGCUGGUGGCGUUCGGUCCUCUGCCAGUCAGACGCCUGCCCGUCCAGUCUGUUCAGUUAGGAGAUCAACAAAGGAGUCCUGUUGCCAACGACCAGACGAACCUCCUGACG